CACAGAUUUAACACAGCCACUAAACUUUAAUCGCCUACAGAACAUUACAAAAGGAAUUAAAUUUGACAAGCAAAAGACAAAGCACUAAAGUACCAAGCCAACAUGAAAAUCCAGGCUCUCUCUCCUUGAAAAGCGACUUUCCCGUCACAUGAUCGACGUUCCAGAGCUUGGUGGUUGGCUGCUGAAUAAUAUUUUUUCGAGCAAUAGAGAGAGAGAGAGAGAGAAGGAGAUGGAAUCCUCCAAAGAAUUCGACGUAAUAGUUGUGGGUGGUGGCAUCAUGGGCAGCUCCACGGCCUAUCAGCUGGCCAAGAGAGCUCAGAAAACACUACUUUUAGAGCAAUUCGAUUUCUUGCACCACCGUGGCUCGUCUCACGGCGAGUCAAGAACCAUCCGUUCAACAUACCCAGAAGAUUACUACUUUCCUUUGGUAACCGAAUCUUCUCAGUUAUGGGAACAAGCCCAGUCCGAAAUAGGCUACAAAGUCUAUUUCAAAACCCAACAAUUCGACAUGGGUCCGUCGGAAAACAAGUCUCUCCGUUCAGUAAUAGCUAGCUGUCAAAAAAAUAAUGUUCCACAUCAAGUCCUUAACCGGCGCCAAGUCUCCGAGAAAUUCUCCGGCCGGUUUGACAUACCGGAGAACUGGGCUGGGCUGGUGACUGAGCUCGGUGGUGUGAUAAAGCCCACAAAAGCAGUGUCCAUGUUUCAAACACUAGCCAUUAAAAACGGUGCAGUUCUUAGAGAUAACAUGGAGGUCAAAGCUAUAGUAAAAGACAAUGUGAAGGGCAGUGGAAUUAUCGUAAUAAUCAGCAAUGGUGAGACAUUCUGGGCGAAGAAAUGUGUGAUCACGGCGGGGGCUUGGCUGGGAAAGCUGGCGAAAAGGGUCAGUGGGGUGGAUUUACCGAUUCAACCAUUGGAAACCUCCGUGUGUUAUUGGAGGAUUAAAGAAGGAAACGAGGAAGAUUACGCCAUUGGUGGAGGUUUUCCAACUUUUGCAAGUUAUGGGAAUCCAUAUAUAUAUGGAACGCCUUCAUUGGAGUAUCCGGGACUGAUUAAAGUGGCGGUGCAUGGUGGGUAUCCGUGUGAUCCGGAUAAUAGGCCGUGGGGACCCGUUUCUUUGAGUCAGCUGAAGGAGUGGAUAGAGGAGCGGUUUCAGGGUCGGGUCGAUUCAAACGGGCCUGUUGCUACUCAAUUGUGCAUGUAUUCGAUGACCCCAGACGAGGAUUUUGUGAUUGAUUUUUUGGGUGGGGAGGAGUUUGGGAAAGAUGUGGUGGUGGGUGGUGGGUUUUCAGGCCAUGGGUUCAAGAUGGCCCCGGUUGUGGGAAAGAUUUUGGCUGAUCUUGUGCUUCAUGGAGAGACAACAGGAGUCGAGCUAAAGCAUUUUCGGAUGGCAAGAUUUAAGGAGAACGCUAAUGGCAAUGCUAAAGAAUUUGAAGACCAAGUCAACUGCUGUGCUGCCAAUCACCAGUAAAACAUUUCAUCAGUCUCCCUUUACCUGAAAUAAAAUUUCAAGUCCAUGUUAUUUUACUAUGAAUAACAGUAUAGUAUUACAAUAAUGUUGUUUACAAAACAUUAUUGUAAUACAAACUGAUAUGAUAUAAUAUUAAUGUAACAUUGAUGUGGUGGAUGCUUUAGACCAAAGGUAUCCCCACAUCAAUCUAUAUAAUUUUUUUGUGCACAAGAAUUGUGUAUAUAGCAUUAAUGAUAAUAUAUUCUCUUAA